UUGUUUUUUUUUGACAAGCAACGAUUAAAGUUGAUAAAUUGGAGAAUUGGAAAGAUUAUCGUUCGAUUGGUGAGAAUCACUUGUAGGAAUGAUGGUAGCUGCAGUCAAAAUAUCAUCGUUACAGGCACAAACCUCUACGGUCGACCGUAUUGUCCAGGACGGCCAUUGUCGAUGGUCGAACGACGGCGUAUCAUCGACCUUCAUAUGAGUGGAAUGAAGGUGAACGCCAUUUCAAAGGCGUUGUGCAUUUCUCACGGAUGUGUCAGCAAAAUCAUCAGCAGGUUGGAUUUUAACAUCGACAUUCACUGCAAAAGGCCUGCUAUUCUUUCCUUUCCAGCGCUUCAGCCAACUACAUUUCCUCACUUCGUAUCUGCUUCGAACUCUAGCAGUUGUUUCGUUUAUAGUAGUCUGUUUUUGAAAUUAGAGGGAGCUUUUCCCCAACAGAUCUGGUACUGUUUGGCUGAACUCUGA